AUGCGUGAACAGAGCGGACGGGUACCAGUGUACCUGCACUGCAGAAUGGACAGGCACCAACUGCGAACAUCCAAGACAGGACUGCGGCGGGUCGCUUGGCGGUUACAACGGGACACUGAUGUACCCGCUCACAGCAGACACGUGCUCAACAUUACUUUCACCAAGUUCAGCUUGGAAGAAGGCCAUGAAUGUGCCUUCGACUUCCUCGAGAUCCACGACGGAGAAACAUUGUCCUCUCCCCUUGUAGGGCGUUACUGUGGAACGAGCAUGAAUGGCAAAAAUCUUACUUCGACGCACCCGGUCAUAACACUCUGGUUUAAAACAGAUCACUCGGUAUCUGGGGAAGGCUUUGCGUUCAACUGGAUUGCUGCCGAUCCAGUGUGCGGUAAAGCCCUAGACGAAGCCGACGUGGGAUCCGUCCAGUCUCCUGGUUACCCUGGAAACUACCCGUCCAGGAGAGAUUGCUUCUGGACUGUCAGAGUACCUGUAGGGAAGAGAAUACAGUUCCAUUCCGCCACGCUACAAUUAGAGCACCACGACAACUGCAACUACGACUUCUUGAAGAUCUACGACGGUGCCUCCGAGAAUGACCAGUUGCUUGGCAGUUACUGCAGUACGGGUAUUCCCUCGCCUGUCGUGACGGCAGGUCACCUGGCACUACUGCACUUCCACAGCGAUGACUCUCAGACGGACACUGGAUUCCAUGUCACCUACGCUUCCGUUCCUGGUGCGGUAUUUGUCUUACGGUGUUACCUAAGCGCAGUCCGUGAUGCAUAG